AUGGAGGAAGACAAGUUGAAAAGGGAGGUUAUCCAUACCAAGGACCAGGGUACAAGGAGGUUAACCCAGGAGAAAAUCAAAGACUUGAUCCACCAGUCUCAGCUGGCAAAGGAGCAUGCAUACUGCCCCUACAGCAAAUUCAGGGUUGGAGCUGCUCUCCUGGCCCAAGACGACAAGGUGUUCACUGGUUGCAAUGUGGAAAAUGCAUGUUACAACCUGGGUGUGUGUGCCGAAAGGAAUGCAAUGUCAAAGGCAGCAUCCGAAGGCUAUAGAAGCUUCAAGGCUAUUGCAAUUGCCAGUGACAUGAGUGACCAAUUUAUCUCCCCAUGUGGCGGGUGCAGGCAGUUCAUGAGAGAGUUUGGGUCAAGCUGGGAGGUGUAUUUAACAAAACCUGAUGGCUCCUAUUUAAAGAUGGAUGUGAACGAGCUGCUGCCAGUCUCCUUUGGACCAGAUGACCUGUCCAUGGAAAAAGUGUUCAACAUUCCCAAUAAAUAAUUAGAGGCUGCCAAAUACAAAAAA